AUGAAGUUCAUCCAACUUGAUUAUGUGGACCAAUCAAUGCUGUUGGCCAAGGAAGGCGAAAGAGAGGGAAGAACCGUAAGGGCGAGGGAUGAACAAACUGUGAAGCGAUUCAAUCAUGUGACUGGUUUUGGGUUCAUCGCUCCGAGUGUUGGCAACGACGAUCUCGUGGUCUACAGGUCCUCGAUCCGAGAUGGGGGCUUUUUCGGUCUUGUGGAAGGUGAGUCGGUAGAGUUUUUUGUCGAGUAUACCGAAAAUCGUAUCAAAGCCGUUGACGUCACCGGCCCAAUGGAGUCGCUGACCCAGGGUGCUAUCCGCCGCGGCGGUUAUGGGUAUGGAGUUAUUGGUGGGGUGGUCUCUGUUUUGUCUGCCGUUGAUGAAGAUGGUGCAGGAGGAGAGAACGGUAACCCAGAGGUUGAAGAGGAAAUUCUCAGAGAGAUCGAAGAGAAGUCCGAUUCGCCGAUUUACGAAGAAGUGAAGGACAUGGUUUACACACACGCUUCGUUGUGUGAGAGCAUGAGACUGUACCCGCCGGUCCCCGCCGACAGCAAAGAAGCAAUGGACGACGACGUCUUACUGGAUGGGACGGUUGUGAAGAAAGGGAUGAGGGUUACUUAUCAUCCUUAUGCAAUGGGGAGGUUGGAGAGGUUGUGGGGGUCAGACUGGGAGGACUUCUGCCCCGAGAGAUGGUUGGAGAAGGAAGCGGUCACCGAGAAAUUGAGGUUCGUGGGGAGGGAUGCUUACACGUACACGGUGUUUCAAGCGGGACCCAGGAUUUAUCUGGGGAAGGAGAUGGCUUUCCUGCAGAUGAAGAUGGUGGUUGCUGGUGUUUUGUGGCGGUUUAGGGUGGUGCCGGCGAUGGAGGAAGGUGUAGAGCCGAUGUUCAUAUCGUACUUGACGUCUAAAAUGAAAGGUGGUUUUUCGGGGAUUAUUAAGGAAAGGGAUGACAAAUUUUAA